AUGUUACUCGGUAACAACUGUAGCAUCAAGUUCAAAUCUGCUGACAAGAUCGGUCAGGCGGAUGCAUUUUCGAGAGUUUUAGAAAAUAGACCAUACGAUUCUGUUAUAGAUCAGAUCUCACCUGAACCGGAAAUGCAAUGCACACCCAGGGAAGCCAUCAAAGGUACUCCAAUCACAUUCGAAAUGAUACGCAAGGCAACCAUAGAAGAGCCACUGCUGAGUCAAGUAGAGAAGUACCACCUCUCCAAGUGGUCACAAAACGGUACUGGAUACGCCAAAUUCCCGGAUUCUUGUACCACAGCUUUCGUGCAAGAUGUACUUAGUUUGGUCUGGAGUACUGCAAAGGAACAAGGCAAAUUCUUCGGUUCCUGCGUGGCAUGA